UUGAAUAUUUAAGCAGUGUGAUUUGCUUGCACCGGGCGCCAAAUUUUUGUGUGAAGGGUCCUCAAAAAUAACCUCAAACUCUCAAUGAGCUAACUAGCCGUUGGGCCUGUAUGAAAUUUAAACCCCCACUUCAAACCCUGUACUCGAAACCCCGGACCCUCGCCCAUCUCCUACAAACAUGCAUCUCCAAUCAAACCCACCACCUCCACCUCCACCCCAUCCACGCCCAAUCCAUCGUCUCCGGCCUCCGUGCCGAUCUCUUCCUAAACAACCUCCUCCUGAACGGGUACUCCAAAUCCGGCGGUAUCCGAUCGGCACGCCAAGUGUUCGAUCGAAUGCCUCACAGAAACUUGAUCUCUUGGUCAUCCAUGAUCUCCAUGUACGCGCAGCAGGGUCGCGAGGAAGAGGCCUUUUUGCUCUUUUCCCGCUUCCGGAGUUCCACUUCGGAGAGCCCGAAUGAGUUCGUUCUCGCUAGUGUGAUCCGCGCCUGUGUUCAAUCAAAGGUCGCUAAUUUUGCUAGCCAAGUCCAGGAUCUUGUGAUAAAAUUGGGGUUUGAUAUCGAUGUCUAUGUUGGUACAGCGUUGAUCAACUUCUACUCUAAGUUUGGAUGUAUGGAUGAGGCUAUGUUGAUAUUUGGUGAGCUCCCGGUUAGGAAUUCGGUGACUUGGACGGCGGUAAUCACAGGUUAUUCACAAAUCGGGGAGAGCGAUGUGUCCUUGAAACUAUUUAAUUUGAUGAAGGACGAAGGAGUUCGGCCCGAUAGAUUUGUCCUUUCAAGCGCCAUUAGCGCUUGCUCUGCAUUAGGUUUUCUCGAGGGCGGGCGGCAAAUCCAUGGUUUUGCGUAUAGAGUUGCUACUGAAAUGGAUGUUUCCGUGAACAACGUGCUAAUAGAUUUAUAUUCCAAGUGCUCAAAAUUAACGAUUGCACGCAAGUUAUUUGAUUCAAUUGUUGUUAGGAACCUUGUCUCAUGGACUACGAUGAUCGCGGGGUACAUGCAAAAUUCUUGUGAUAAUGAAGCGAUGGCCUUGUUCCUCGAAAUGAGUCGGUUGGGGUGGCGGCCCGAUGGUUUUGCUUGUACAAGCGUAUUAAGCUCGUGUGGCUCUCUGAUGGCUUUACAACAAGGGAGACAAAUACAUGGUUAUGCAAUUAAAGCUAACUUGGAGUUCGACGAGUAUGUGAAGAAUGGCCUUAUCGAUAUGUACGCCAAAUGUAGCUCUUUAACUGAGGCGAGGGUUCUAUUUGAUGUCCUUGCAGAAGAUAAUGUGAUUUCUUACAAUGCUAUGAUUGAAGGAUAUGCUAGUCAUGAGGAGCUUGUAGAAGCAUUUGUUCUAUUCAAUAUCAUGCGAUGUCGCUCGUUGCCCCCAACCCUGUUGACUUUUGUUAGCCUUCUCGGUGUGUCGGCAUCAGCAUCAGCUGUGGACUUAAGCAAGCAGAUUCACGGCCUUAUUAUUAAAGAAGGAAUAUCACUGGACCUUUAUGCCGGUAGUGCGUUAGUUGAUGUUUACUCAAAGUGUUCAUGUGUUGAGGAUGCAAGAGCUGUGUUUGAUGAAAUGAGUGAGAGAGAUAUUGUUGUAUGGAAUGCGAUGAUUUUUGGGUACACCCAAAAUGAGCAAGGUGAACAGGCCCUUAGACUCUUCCACCAGCUACAAAUUUCUGGAAUGAUGUCUAAUGAGUUCACUUUCGUUGCCCUGAUAACUGUUGCGAGUAACCUGGCAAGCAUGUUCCAUGGCUUACAGUUUCAUGGCCAGAUCAUAAAAGUAGGCGUAGAUUCCGACCCUCAUGUUUCAAAUGCUCUCGUAGACAUGUAUGCAAAGUGUGGUUGCAUCAAAGAAGCUUGGCUUUUGUUUGAGUCAACUUGUGGGAAAGAUGUCGUGUGUUGGAACUCCAUGAUUUCAAGAUGUGCACAACAUGGGCUUGCCGAAGAAGCUCUUAAAGUUUUCCAGAUCAUGAGACAGGAGCAAGUAGAACCAAACUAUGUGACGUUUGUUGGUCUUUUAUCAGCGUGUGCCCAUGCCGGGCUCAUCGAGGAAGGACUUUACCAUUUCAAUUCUAUGAAAGAAAAAUACGGAAUUGAACCAGGAAUGGAACAUUAUGCUUCUGUAGUUAGCCUUUUUGGUCGUUCAGGUAAGUUGAGGGUGGCGAAGGAGUUCAUAGAACAGAUGCCGAUUGAACCAGCUGCAGUGGUAUGGAGGAGCUUGCUUAGUGCAUGCCGAGUGUUUGGUAACAUUGAAAUAGGAAAAUAUGCCGCUGAAAUGGCUUUGGCAGCAGACCCCACAGAUAGCGGGCCUUACGUUUUGUUAUCGAACAUAUUUGCUUCCGAGGGUAUGUGGGUUGAUGUCGAGAAGGUGAGAAAGGGAAUGGAUCAUAUUGGAGCAGUGAAAGAGCCUGGGUACAGUUGGAUUGAAGUGAUGAAGGAGGUGCAUGUAUUCAUUGCAAGAGGGAGAGAGCAUCCGCAGGCCGAGUUGAUCUAUUCAGUUUUGGAUGGGCUGACAAAAUUAUUGAAAGGCGUUGGUUCUGUCCCUGAUAUCUCUGAACUUCAGUUGUUUGACGAGGAUGAUGGACUUCGCUAGCUCAAGCUUCUUUGAUAUUAAUAUAAACUUAUGCUCACAGAGGUUGCGGGAUGUUUAUUUUACUAUUUAUUCCGUGAAAUCCACUGAAAUCGGAGGGAAAGUAUAGUCGCCUUGACGCAACAUCAUGACUUGUUUCUAGUGGUUAAAUCUUAAUGGCCUUUGUCAAGCAGGAAAGAUUCAAGUUCUAUAAAGAAAAGUUUUUCCAAAUGAUGUAAAGUAGGAAAGACUGAAAUUCGUCAACUUUUCAUUGAGCAUUGAGUUCUAUUUUGUAUUGUAUUUUAGUUAGCAUGAAGGUAGAAAGCAAAUCUUUCAAGCAAUGCGAAUGAGAGGCAUCAUGCACUUCAAAUUCUGGAGUUAGCAACAUUUGUAUGUUAGAAAGAACCUGUUGGAAUUAGAGGGUAGCGGAAACUUACAAACUGGAUAACCAUCAUAUUUAGGAACUGAAAUCAGAUUGGGUUGCUUGUUUUACUAGCCUUUUUGGAUCGUCCUUUUCUCGAUGCUUCUGAAUGCAAACCAACUUUCAUUUCCUUGAGGACAUUGCUGAAGUGAUUGAUGUCUAUGUCUUCAUGCACACUUCAGAUCCACCAGUGGCAUAUUUUGUACCUCAUGUUUAUGGUCCCAGGCCGAAACAAGGACCAGCACACCAAGCCUCUCUUCAAAUUGCGUUUUGGGUCCGCAGACAGGUACCUUGCCUGGCCCAAACCUUGAUACUUAAUUUAUUUUUGCCUAAAUCUAUUGAAAGUUGAAUGCGUUCAUUUUUCACUAUCAACAGUUGUCCAUUUGAAUGGAAUCUCAAUGAUUUGCUCGGAAAUGACAUUGGAAUUUUUGAAUUUGGCUUGCAUAGUCACAAAAAGAUGAAAGGACCCUGUGAUAUUACCAUUUAAUAAGAGACUUAUUGAAGAUUUUCACAACAGAAUUGACAAGGACAUGCUGAAACAGUUUAAAUUAGUGACUAUGCUUUUGUUAGGGUAUGAUUGUAUGAUCUAGAGAAGCAUUGAAUGCUAAAACUCAGUGAACUUAUCGGUAGUCGGCAAGCGAGCAAUCAACGCUAGAGCGACUUUUUUUCUUUCUGGUUUCUGAUUUGAUAUUCCAAAUUGUUUUCUCUGAUUAAUACAUGUUAUGAGAUUUUAAUCGUU